AUGAGGGAGGAGCAGAGGUACCUGCCGUUUGGGCGACGGGAUCCAUUGGCGCGCGACUACGAGGUGGCCAAACGACCCAUUUUUUUGCUGGACGGUUGGAAUAUUGUGCAGGGAACCGAUGCUGCUGCAUAUGUCUCUAGCGGAGUAACAGAUGGCGUGAUGUACGGCACCAACGGAGCUCUAGGCGUUCGGCACCGCAGUGAGGGUGAGACUAUUGGUUUUGAAACAAAUGUCUUCCUGAAUGGGGUGUACCACAGUGUUCCAAUUGAUAAGCACAUAAAAAGUGAGGCCUUACCCGACGAGAUGCAGCUUGGGGCCACUGUGUGUGGUGUCAAUCUUGACUGCCUUAUCGAUGGCGACUGUGGCACUCUUCGGGCCCUGCCUUCUCGAUGGCUUGAUUUACGUAGUGCAACUUAUCACAGUGAAUGCCGUGAAGUAAUGAGUGGGGAUGGUGGACUGAUGUUUGAUGGUGCCUAUCGCCGUGUCGUCUCCAUGAAGGAGCUGGAUUUGUGGGGGGCAGAGGUUGCUUACUCCAAUUUUUUGCUUGGCUCGUCGUCCAGUGAUCUCCAACUCCCCGAAUCCCCUGAUUAUAUUCCUCCCACAAACAUUAUAAGUUUCUUGAGCUCUGAUAAUACUUUUCCUUCUUACUCCUUGGAAUUUCAUGUGACAGUGACGGUGGAUUUGCGAGAGUGGGUUGUGCUGCGCGGUGACAGCGCAGAUGAUAUUCUGCUGCAGUCCCGCACCUCAGGCGUCGUCGUGAGUACGGCUACGCAAUCCACCUGCGUUGUGGAGUACGAGAGUGGCUCCUCAAGGCUUGUCCCAGAGGACCAGGUGUUGUCCGAGAGAGGAGACCACACCUUACUGGAUAGAAAUUUUGCCGCGGCGGCCGUGUCGUAUCCCAGUGAAAGCGAGAGUGACCCCGGGUAUGGGGGCGGCGGCCUUUCUUCCUUUGUGAACCCCCGAAGCAAGAGCAUGUCUUUCAGGAAGCGGUUUCACUUAACCCUCAGCGCCGAUUCAAUGCCAGUGAAAUUAACGCUAACGUUUUUGGCCCGACACCACAGUGGUGGGAUUCCCCCUUCCCGUCCGUUCCCCGGUAUUUCAGAAAUAAUUGAUGACCAGCGCCUGAUUUUGGAUAAAUUCUGGGAUCGUUUUGAUAUUGAUUUGGAGCAACAAGAGGAGCUGACACCAAAUCGAUUACGUCUCUCGCUGCUGUUCAACGCAUUUCGAUUAUUUUGUGUUUCCCAUAACCUGCACAAUGGGCUGCCGCGGGGAGGGUGCUCCGCCACCAAAAAGAGUCUGUUGUAUGAUCUUCAUCAGUAUUUGUACCAUGGUAUUUUCUAUACCCUGACCUCGCCGCCGCAGGCCUUGGCUUUGAUCCGAAGCCUCUAUUCCCUUCUUCCCCAGGCAAGAGUAAACGCUCAUCGUAUUUCGCUAAAGCACGGCGCCGUCUUUCCACGAAGCACCAUUAAAGGGACGGAGUGUCAACACUACAAUACCGUGAGCCAGGCACGAUUGUAUGUGAAUGCCGAGAUUGGGUACAUCAUUAACUUUUUCUUUGCCGCAGCAGAACACAUUGAUCAAAAGGACCGCCUAUGGCUUCUAGAGCUCAUGCUAGAAACAGCGCGUGUGUGGCCGCAGUUGGGGGAAUGGGUGGAGAGUGAAGCUGCGUUUCGUCUGGAUAAUAUUGCAGGGCCUGAUGAAUACAACAGCACAGCCUCUGGAAACUUUUAUAUUCACUUAUCUGCCAAAAUGCAUUUGCGGAAUGCCCUAGACCUCUAUGAACAGCAACAGUGUUUACUUGGAGAAGCGGCCAUGAUGCGUCUGCUAAAACAAAUUAAUAUGGACAAAUCCGAGCUUGAAGAUUUUAGAUCUACCUCCGACGGCAUUGUGGUACGUCGUAAGGAUUACUUGGGCGUGUACAUGGUGCAUGACUACUUUAAUACACUUGAGGAAUGGAGAGCCGAGCGACCUAAGCACCCACUGUCAAUGAACUACCAUCCCCUCGCAAUUUUUCGUCACAUGCUUGUUGAUGUUCCUGAGGUAUUGUUGGGAAUGAUUUUGUAUCAGGACAUGUUCGAAAAAAAAGAUUUGGUGAAAAACUUGGCUCACUACGAAGCACUUUGCACGUAUGAUUCACCCGAGUCUCUCGCUAUUGUUUCAGCGAUGGAUUUUCAAUCCAACGGGGCAUUCUCGCAUGGGAUUCCGUUACUGCGCUCAUUGCUGUGUCUAGACGUGGAUAAUGUCAUUUACACUGCCGAUGAGGGACUCGAUUUUGGUGCAAUGUCUUCCGCAUGGGUUUCCAUUGUUAGCGGCAUCGGGGGGCUUAAAUUGGGUCAACGGACCCUUUGUUUAGAUCCAUGCUUUCCCGCAGGAUUGACGGUUGUCAAGUUUACAAUUUGUUGGCGGGGGGCAACGUUGCGUACCACGGUGGACAAGGAUUGCGUUACAUAUGAGCUUCUUGCAGGGGACAGUAUUCGGUUUGUGCAUGGUAGCGGGCAUCGGAUUCACCUUCACGCGGGGUUUCACCGCUUUGCUGCCAAGCGGCAAGUGUCUGUGCCGCGGCAGAUGCGAAGCAGCGGGGGGGAAUUUGACGGUGCCAUCUUUCUUUGCGAGACAUUGUUCGACGACAUCAUGGACAUCAACUACGCGGCGUGGUACAAAACGCUUGAGUCCCUGUUUGAGAAUUACAGAACACUGCACCUUCGUGAAAUUAAACCCUUAACACCGGAGGAAUACCUUGAGAAAGUUGUCUACCAAGCAGAAGAGCGUGAGAUUGCCUUUAGUGGCAUUCACAAUGUCUUGUUGUCCCGUGGGAUUGACCUCGAGCUCGGCACCCCAGACGAUGCCGAGAUUGUUGAGACACGCUACGGACUGGCGAACGCCAAGUUGGCAGAGGUGGCAGAAAUAAUGUCUCGCGUGAACCCGCGCGUGAACGCCUCGAUGUACGCCCUGUUGAAGGAUCUUGCCAACAGCGGCAUUGCGCUUGCGGUGGUGACGUACACGCGAAGCCUCAAGGCUCUCCUGCACUAUAAUCCUGAGAUGAUGUCGCUCUUCCUUGCUUCUAUUGACGGGGAAGAGGCGCACGCUCGACACAUCAAAAGUCGUCCUCAUGUUGACAUUUUCCUUCGUGGGGCCGAAAAAAUUCACGUGGAUCCGGCGCGCUGCCUUGUCUUCGCCACGCAUCUUGAUCGCGGCUUUACGGCCGCCAACCUCGCCAAGUUUCGCAUGUUUUUUGACGUGGAGGUGAAAUUUGUGAUAACUCCGGUCUCGCCGGGCCCGCAUCCGUAUCCCAAGCCUUCCGGGGAAUUGGCAAACGCAGCGGGGUCGGAUGCUGCCCCGCUCUUUUUGUCGCUCUCACGGAAUCAUCUGCCAACGACAGUUGACGCCCUGGAGGACAUGUUGUACGAGCGCAGCGAAGCUGCGGGUGAUCCGGGCAUGGCGUGA